AUGUCUACCUUUACAAUCGAUCAAGAAUCUUCAACCUCAAACAUGAUUCACAUGCAAUCCUCUGGAAUGGCCAAAACGGCACCUCCAGCUCCGUGGUACUGUCCUAAUUGUGGUUUCGGGCCUCUCAACCCUUGCAUUGAUGUUGGUUGCCCGGACUGUGGGUUCACUCCUGGCAGGGAUGGAAAAACCGAGCAAUUACACUGCUCAGACCAAACUACACCAACCUCAUUUGCUCCAACAACUUUUACACCUACUCCAGUGGAAGUCCUAAAUGUGUCGCAAACCGACCCGAAAUGUUGGAUGUCCUCAGAGUUGGGGGCAUCGCAACAGUACUCUGAGUCAUUCCUCCACGACUCCCACGAUGGGUCCGAGACUCUAAGAAACUUUCCAUACUUCAACUAG